AUGCUAAUAAUUCACAGAGUGAUUCCCGGCUAUGUUCCGUCGAUGCAGCUGCCCACUGACCUGUUCCCAGCUACCAUGACAUAUUACUUUCUAAUAUUGCUAUUGAUCAAUUUUCUAAACGGUGCAUACGGGAACGCCCAAAGGAGCACAGAAGAGCGCCAGUUGGCAGAGAAUAUCAAUCCUAACAAAUAUGUGAAAAAGUCGAAGCUUGAAUCAUCGUUGAAUAUAAGUGUGCCAUUACACCGUUUACCUUAUACUCCUUACUAUUUCCACAACGUUCGGAUAGGCAACCACGAUGCAUUUAGAUUAGUGAUUUCAACGCACUCUUCGUUGCUAUGGGUGCCGCAUUUGGACUGUACAUCAGUCGCGUGUCUCUCGAGAUAUGGGAAUGGGUUUAACCCGCACCUAUCGCGGUCUUUUGUCGAUUUGAAUUCUACGUUCGUGUCAAUCGAUCCUUUGGGAAACGCCAAAGGCAUUCUUGGAAGCGAUGAAGUCCAGGUCGGAGAUUCUCGUGGGAGAUUUCAAGUUUCAAACCUGACCUUUGGGCUUGCCAUGGAAAUGGAGACUAACGAGCUUGGCGAACAGCAUAGUGGAAUAGUCGGUCUUGGGCUGAAUGACGCAGAAGAAGACACCGAAAGUUACAUAGAAACUCUCGUAAACAGAGAAAUUAUUGAGGAGCCUGUGUUUACUAUAUGGCUAAAUCCUGAUACAAGCGCUUCUGACCAAGGAUUCCUUACUUACGGAUCCAACGACAAUGUGCACUGUGGACCAAUUUAUGAUGCUUUACUUAUGCAUCUUCCCACCUAUACGUUCAGUAUAAAGUCGCUUAGCAUGGGUGAUUAUAAUGCUGGAUUGUAUUUCAAAGCUGAAGUUGAUUUGGGACAAAUGCUAUAUAUGCCACCUGCCGUAGCGAGCGCAAUAGCACAUCAUGCAAAUGCUCAGUAUGAGCCUGAAAGCAACCUUUAUUGGAUAAAAUGCAGCGCCAAGUUUCCUGACCUUAUAUUAAAUGUUGAUCACGCCAUUGCAAAUGAAACGGUGCGAUCGAGUGAUCUGAUUAUCGAAGUUGCAAACAUCAAGAACUUGUGUGUAUUGGCAGUGUCUGGAAGAAACAGGCCCUCCUUUGGCCCAACGCUCACACUUGGAGCACCUUUUCUGCGCAACUACUGCGCUAUAUUCGAUCUAACAAGUCACAAUAUGAGAUUUGCUGAAGCUCUUCCUUAUCGGUCCAUGAACGCUACAAAUGAUGCGACAACGACUACAAUGAGAGCGACAACGUUUGGUAACAGCUGCAAACUCGUCUUCCUUAACUUACUUUGCGCCGUACUUCUACUACACUCUUUGUGA